AAAGAUGCCAUGUUUUCUGCUCAGUAGUGGUAAGGGGGGGGUUUGGCUUUUGGCCGUUUUUUUAAAGACAUGAAAACCAGAGAAAUGUGGAGAGUGAUUUGUGUUGUUUAAAAGACACAGAGGACUUGGAAAGCUUGACGUCAGAUACUGGGCACAGUAUGCAAGUGGAGAGGACCAAAACAUUGUUUGAAGAGAUCCGUGCUUUAAUCAAGAACAAUGAUGAUGAGUAUUGCUCUUUCUGGAGGCCAGUGCUCCCUUGGGGUGGCGUGUACAUCAUCAGGGCUGGUCAGAAGGCUGUCUCUUGCAUCCCCCUCUAUGUUAAAGUCAGUUUGAAAAACACAUGUACUAUUGAUGGAUUCCUCAUGCUUUUAUAUGUAAUCCUGCGGGACAACCACACCUUCCGUCGGGAAGUGGGUCUGUUCUUGGGUAAGCAGUUUGUGGAGUAUUUUCUGUACCUGAUGGACUCCUAUGAUUACACAACAGUCAAGAUGCUUUGGAUCUGGGACAGGAUGUCCAAGCGUCAGUAUCGAUCAGCGAUCCAUCAGGCUGCUCUGGAGAUUGACCUUUUUGGCAAUGAGCAUGAGAACUUCACCAAGAACCUAGAAAACCUGAUGUCAACAAUUCAGGAGAGCCUUUGCUCUAACUGGUGCUGUCCAUCCCGUUUCCAGGAGCUCCUUCAGAACACCAUAAAUAUCAACCCGCCACAUGAACUUCCUGAUAGAGAUCCAAUUCAGUCUGCAGUGGAUGAGUUCUUCUGCCCAAAGAUUGUACUCUGCAAAGAAUUUGGGUGUAGUGGGCUAAGAGAGUUUUCUCACAGGGAGUUUUCCUACGGUCCUCCUCCCUUUAUCAUUCUUAACAUGCAGAUGUGGAAAUCUGAGGACCUCUCGUAUGUACCUUAUCAUCUGGCUUUGUCAGAUCACAGGUACUCACUAGAGGGCGCCACACUUUUCAACAAGGAGGAACAUCACUACUCUGCAGCUUUCCAAAUUGAUGGAUACUGGAUGCACUAUGAUGGGCUUCGUACCGACAACUUGAUCUUGCUGAACAAACCACCAGAGCUGCUGCUCCUGUCAUCUCUGGUGUAUGUCCGUGCCCCACACAACUGAGGCAUUGUUACUUCGGAGGGUGCAACAGGAUCGAAGAGGGUCAAAGGUCCCAAAGGUUUCUUUAAAACUUACUUUGGUUUAUUCCCCAUCCAUGUUAUUUUGUUCCAUAAAUAAUAUUUGCAUAUUUAGGAGGUCAGUUGAUAAUUUGUUAUGGAUAUUCUAUAUAUAAUGCAAAUAGUUUUGUUAAUAUUUACACAUUCUCUCUCUCUCUCUCUCUCUCUUUAAGGAUAGGGAUGUCAGUGAUGUGAUGUAACUGAAUUUUUUACUGAGAUAUUACUUUGUAAUUUUGUAACUAAUGCUGUACUUUGUGCGAACACUGCAUCUACAAAUCAGCAACGCUGAGUUAAAUUGCCUCUCUAAACUGCUUGGAAUCCAAGAAUUAGUAUAUGGACUAUAAUAGCUUUGGGCUGGUGUGCAAAACCUAAUAAUUUGAACAAUUGGCUCAAAACUUUGAAUUUAAAUUUAAGGGCAAUGGUUUCAAAGUUUUCUUAAGUUCUUUGCUACAUUGUUCCAAACCUUUUUCAAAUUAAAAUUAGGACAACAUGAAAUAAUUAUUUUCAGAAAAGCUAAAUGUAUAGUUUAUUUUUAACAUAAAUAAACUGAAGGCUUAUAAAUAUUUUUAUCACAGAUAUUAUGUUGGGUCUCCCACUAAUCCACACAUAUACAAGCCUUAUUGCUGAAAGCAUGGAACAAUUUUGUUUUAUGGCCCAGUAAGGGAUGUCACCAAGACAUAUCUUUUAUGAUACAAUGCCAAAUUUAAAGGACUUCAGACUGAGCAGUGUUUGCAUGAUUGAGACACAUUUUUGAAAAUCCACGUUGCUCAGCUGUAACCCAGCCUGAUGCUGUUUAGUGUUCAGCUGCCAAAGAACUGUUUGAGCUUGUAAAUGCCAUAUUGGUGUCACAGGUUUUUGUUUCUGCAUUUUAAACUGCUGACUUAUUUAAAUUGUUUUUUUAAUUAUUGUUUUCUACAUUUCUUAUACAUUCUUCAAUCUUUGAUAACAUGCCAAUAUUCAGACUUGCAUGUAACAAUUUGAAAAUUGUAUCAAGCACACACUAGUGACUUUAUAUACCAUGGUAAGGUCUGAAUAAUAAGCCAUAUUUUAUAUCAUAACUAAAUCCUAGACCAUAGGAGGAACAGUUUCAAUUUCUAAUUUGAGUUUCUUCCCUUUUGAUUAACACAGUUUUUAAAACAUGAUUAACAUGUUCAGAAAUUGUAUGAAAACACAACUUUGCAUUCACUUGUAAUACAAAUAAAAGAUCAUGCUAUACA